AUGAUGUCCCUUCGCUCCGCUGUGCGGAGAGCUUCUACUAAGCCCCUCCGUUCCCUCUCCGCAUCGACUGCCUCUCCCCUCCGAGCUGGCAUCACUGGUGUCAAGGCUACCACUCGCCAAACUCGCCACUACUCCCGCGCAACUGAUCCUCACCUGACUUCCACCCGCAGCACUGUCGUCCAGCUGCUGAGCAACAUUGGCUCCAAGCGUGAGGUCCAGCAGUACCUGUCCCACUUCACUUCAGUGUCCUCGCAGCAAUUCGCCGUGAUCAAGGUCGGUGGUGCCAUUAUUACCGAGCACCUCCAGACUCUGUCCUCCGCUCUCGCUUUCUUGAACCAUGUCGGUCUCUACCCGAUCGUCGUCCACGGCGCCGGCCCCCAGCUUAACCGUAUGCUGGAGGCUGCCGGUGUUGAGCCCCAGUUCGAGGAUGGUAUCCGAGUGACGGAUGGCAAGACUCUGGCCCUGGCCCGCAAGCUCUUCCUGGAGGAGAACAUGAAGUUGGUUGAGGAGCUUGAGCGCAUUGGCAUUCGUGCUCGUCCGAUCACGGCGGGCGUUUUCUCCGCCGAUUACCUCGACAAGCCUAAGUACAACCUGGUUGGUAAGAUCAAUGGCGUGGACAAGAAGCCAAUUGAGUCUGCUAUUGCCGCUGGCUGCCUGCCUAUUCUCACCUCCAUGGCUGAGACCCCCGAUGGCCAAGUGCUGAACGUCAACGCGGAUGUGGCUGCCGGUGAGCUUGCCCGCUCUUUGCAGCCCCUCAAGAUCGUCUACCUCGCUGAGAAGGGCGGUCUCUUUAACGGUGACACCGGUGAGAAGAUCUCCGCCAUCAACCUCGAUGAGGAGUACGACCACCUGAUGAACCAGUGGUGGGUGCGCCACGGCACUCGUCUGAAGAUCAAGGAGAUGAAGGAUCUUCUUAACGAUCUGCCUCGCUCUUCCAGCGUUGCCAUUAUCCACCCCGCCGACCUCCAGAAGGAGCUCUUCACCGAUUCCGGUGCCGGUACCCUGAUCCGUCGCGGUAACAAGAUCCAUGUCAAGACCUCUCUGUCCGAGUUUGAGGACUUGCAGGCUCUCAAGGAUGUGCUGGUCCGUGAUCGCGAGGGUCUUGAUGCCCGCGCUGUCGUUGACCGCUACGUUGAGGGUAUGCAGGAGAAGGACUUCAAGAUUUACUCCGACGAGCCCAUGGAGGCUCUCGGUGUUUUGGCCCACCUUGCCACUUUCACCAUCACCAAAUCCGGCUGGUUGACCAAUGUUGCUGACAACGUCUUCGCCAGCAUCAAGAAGGACUUCCCCAAGCUGGCCUGGACUGUCAAGGAGGAUGAUGAGAACCUCACCUGGUUCUUUGACAAGGCUGAUGGCAGCCUGAGCCGCGAUGGCCAGGUCCUGUUCUGGUACGGUGCCGAGAACGGCGAGGAGGUUAAGCACCUCGUCCAGGAAUUCAACCAGCACGGUCGCCAGAUGUUCGGUGACAUCAACCUCGAGUCGCGCCUCCACCGCGCUGCUGAGGCUGCUACCCACAUUGGCAAGGGCUUCGGAGCUAGCGGUGCUUCUGUUGAGCAGAAGCGCGGUUUCUCCACUGCCACCAACGCUCUGCGCAUGUCUCGCGCUAAGCGUCCGGCUGUUGCUGCCAGCGCUGUCCGCACUUUCGCCACUACGAACCCCAACCCUCCCCUUGGAGAGAAGAACAUCUCCAACACCCAACCUGCGAGGGUUGCUCUUAUUGGUGCCCGUGGUUAUACCGGCCAGGCUCUUAUCAACCUGCUGAAUGCCCACCCCAACAUGGAUCUUCGUCAUGUCUCUUCUCGCGAGCUUGCUGGCAAGAAGCUUCAGGGCUACGAGAAGCGUGAGAUCAUCUACGAGAACCUGAGCCCUGAUGAUGUCCGUAAGAUGUCCGCCAACGGCGACAUCGACUGCUGGGUCAUGGCUCUUCCCAACGGUAUCUGCAAGCCUUUCGUCGACGCCGUCGAUGAGGGCUCCGAGAAGGGCAACGUCAUUGUUGACCUGAGCGCUGACUACCGUUUCGAUCCCAAGUGGACCUACGGUCUUCCUGAGCUGGUUGAGCGAUCCAAGAUCGCCCGUGCCACCCGUAUUGCCAACCCUGGCUGCUACGCCACUGCCGCUCAGCUUGGUAUUGCUCCUCUCGUUCCGUUCCUUGGCGGCCAGCCCACCACCUUCGGUGUGUCUGGUUACUCCGGUGCUGGCACUAAGCCCAGCCCCAAGAACGACGUGCAAUACCUGACCAACAACCUCAUUCCCUACAGUCUGACUGACCACAUUCACGAGCGUGAGAUCAGCUCGCAGCUGGGUACCAGCAUUGCGUUCAUCCCCCACGUUGCUGUGUGGUUCCAGGGUAUCUCUCAUUCCAUCAGCAUCCCAUUGAAGCAGAAGAUGACCUCCCGUGACAUCCGCAACCUCUACCAGGACCGCUACGCCGGAGAGAAGCUCGUCAAGAUCGUUGGCGAAGCCCCUCUUGUCAAGGACAUCGCUGGCCGUCACGGAGUCGAGAUCGGUGGAUUUGCCGUCCACUCCAGCGGCGAGCGCGUUGUUGUCUGUGCCACCAUUGACAACCUGCUGAAGGGUGCCGCCACCCAGUGCUUGCAAAACAUGAACCUAGCUCUUGGCUACUCCGAGUACGAGGGCAUUCCUCUCGACUAA